GGGCUGGGCUGCUCACACACACCACACCAGCUAUAUCCCUCCCUCCCCCAACACCCUGACAUCCGAGCUCUAGUCGGUCGAUCCAUGGAGGCUUCACGCAGGCUCCUCUCGGCGGCGCUCCUCCUCGUGCUGCUGCUCGCCGCCACAGGGGAGCUGGGAGGGCCGGUGAUGGUGGCGGAGGCGCGGACGUGCGAGUCGAGGAGCCACAGGUUCAGGGGGCCCUGCGUGCGCAGGUCCAACUGCGCCAACGUCUGCAAGACCGAGGGCUUCCCCGACGGCAAGUGCCGCGGAUUCCGACGCCGCUGCUUCUGCACCACCCACUGCCACCAUUAACAAGCCUCUCUCCUCCGGGUGAUGCCUUCUUCCGCCUCGGCCUUCAGGGUGGCCUUUCUGCGAGCGUCCGUGCGUGUGCGUGUCCAUGAAUAAAUCUUAGCUUGUCUCGGCAAGCUGGGUGCGAGUCCCUUGUUUGUUUUUUGUAUGAUUAUUACCAGUGUGCAUGCGUUGUUGUUUCUUGUUGGGUUUAUGGGAUUAUCCCGGCCGGUCAAUCCUUCUCUCAUGUAGUAAGAUUUUAUUUUGGGCAAAUCAUGAAUGUUGUAUGCUUGUUCUCUCAGGCACUCA